AUGGAACUACCUCCGCGUUCAUACCUUCCUCUAAACAAGGCUAAGAGGCCGCGGGUUGCGGAAGAGAAUCGCAAAAGAGCCGUUCGAGCACACCGUCACCGAACUGAAAGUUUCACGCGUGAUGAUGAAGCUGAGGCUGAGCGUGUGCGCUACAUGGAACGCAUACUAGUGCAUUAUGUGCCUAACAUUUCUCUCGAUAUUCUGUCGUUGCGCAAGGCUGCCGAGGAUCUGCAAAGAGACCAGCGUGAACUGUCAAUAUCUGAGGGACCUACAAUACAGGCUGAGGCGGAUGAUCUAGAUGACCUGGCUAUCGAUGAAGAGAAUUUUAGUAUUCGGGCUUUUCCGGAUAAUACUACUCAGUACUCAGGAGAGUUUUCUUAUCUAAACUUUUCCAUGAAAAUUCGAAGAAAGAUUGAUGAAUGGAUGCAAUCUAGCGCGCCAGAAGAAAGAGAAGAAACUUUACCAUUUGAAGAAAGAUGGAGGUCAACACAUCUGGAAUCUGGAUCAUCAUCCGUCUCUGCUGCGAUAGCAUGUUUACCUCCCCGCUAUGUCGCGGAAUUUCUUAUCAAUGUCGCCAAUAAAUAUGCACAGACGAACAACUUCUAUGUAGAAGAAGAUUGGCUACGUGAUAAGUUAGCUAUAUGCUACAAUAAUCCUGACAGCCUCACCUCGGUUGAUGCAGCCUCUGUCUGUGCCAUCUUGAUGCUUUUAGCCAUAGGCACGCAAUUUGCACACAUGGCUUCACCAACGCCAGUCAAUAAAAUCAAUCGUGAGGAGUCAUCGACAGAAGACCAUAGAUUUUCAGAAGAUGAAGUAGGGUUGACAUUUUAUCAUUUCGCGUCCAAACUACUCCCCGACAUCAUUGCUACUGCGUCCGUCAGAAGCGUGCAGGCGUGCUUGCUUAUCGGAACCUAUCUAUUGCCCCUUGAUACCUCUGGAUUGUCAUAUACUUACUUUGGCCUGGCAAUAAAGUUGGCAAUCCAAAAUGGAAUGCACCGAAGAUACACUGGCGAAGCCCUGGAUCAGCACAUGCAGGAAGUGCGGAAUCGCGUAUUCUGGACUGCAUUCACUAUUGAAAAACGAAUCAGUAUCCUGCAUGGUAGACCUGCUUCGAUUACCGAUACGGAUGUUGAUGCCAAUUUGCCAGAAGAUCUACCCAGUCUACACUCUAGUACUACUAGCAACAACCUUACAAAUAUGGUAGCGUUGAUCAAGUUGACUUUGAAAUUAGGUAAAGUGGCCGAGGAAAUAUCAUCAUUGCGCAAAGCCCACAAAUGGCAGCAACCUUAUCCCUUGGAGAACCUUCUUACACAGCGUCGAGAAUUAAUUGAAUGGUGGUCUACUCUUCCAGAAGAGACAUCAUGCCGUGACCUCAAUCCCGCUAGCCCACUAUUCCGUUGCAAUGUGCAUCUCAAACUGGACUACUGCUUGACUAGGAUUUUCAUGGGCCGUCCAUUCCUUUUCAGUAAUGUACGAAAUGGCAGUCUAUCAUCACAAAAGGCAUCUGCGAGUCGAUCCAAGCUGAGAAAUAUCUUGGUAACCGACUGCGUUGAAGCGGCGCUAGAAAUUGUCGACUUGUGUCGUCUCUUGCGUGAUGAGACGGGUCUUGCACGAGCCUCGUACACUGAGUUCAGCUCGUGCCGUGCAGCACUUCUUGUCAUUUUAGCUCAGAGCUUGACAAAACGUACAGAAAGGCUACGUAAUGCAUUGACUCAGGGCAUGGGACUAAUCAAGAUCAUGUCAAUGGGUAUUGGUUCGGCAAGAUCGGCCGUAACUGUGAUUGAAACUCUGGAGCGGGCUAUACGCCGGUUAGAAGACUGGAGCGAGAUCCAGGGUCCGACUAAAGAGCCGCAAGACUCAAUAGACUCUGGCUAUGAGAGAUUCAAAAGUUGGGAGAUGUUAUGGAAAACCGGGCCCAUUUCGCCAGCGACUGGCAAUUCGUCAGUGAACGGUGACAAAUUACAGCCCACUUUGAAAAGGAAACGAGAUACCACUGGGAUAGACUUUUCGUCUUUGUCGAAUGCUUCACUUUUACCAAAUCCGACAAUUUCAUACUCCACUGAGCUUGCUAUUCCUAGCGACAUUGCUGCCGGCUUACUACCUGGCGCCACUACUGAGCCGACAAACAGCAACACAGAUAGUAAAGACUUUGUUAAUCUAGAAAAUGGCAAUGCUCAAACACCAGGCGACACAUCAAUCUUCCAUCAACUUGACUUGGCACACUCGACAAACCCGGCCGGAUUACCCCAAGUCCCACAGUUCGGCUUUGAGGGUUUUAUUUCCAACUUUCCACAAGAGUUGGAUGAGUUUACAGCAAUAUCCUGUUUUGACAGUGACUUUUUGGCACAGAAUGCGGCCUCAUCAGGCGCAAGUGUGGAUAAUAUGGAUGGCGGUGCGUCCAACGGAGACGGAUGGUUGCCGUGA